GCGGGGGAAAAUCCUAACUCAGUUCGCUUUCUCCAUGUUUACAGUGGAUUGUGACAGUGCAACUAAGCUGCGGUGUAAAAUAUAUAUCACAAAGCAACAAAAGAUAACUCUAAAUUUAGACCUCUUGAAGCAGACAUGGAUAUUUCCUUUUCAUCUUGAUGAAUUUAAAGAAUUCGGGUUUUUGCUCGGAUUAUUAAUCAGGACACCGAUUAUUAUGCUCUCAUUGUUUCCCGAUCAAAGAGGGUGACCUUUCAGAGGCUCUAAGCUCCUCCGCGGUCCCUGGAGGUUUUACGUAUUGGACUGUAACUCGGAUCAGCAAAAAUGCACCACGCCGGGGCUACCUGACAAGCUGGUGAGACUGUCAUCUCCUUGAGGAUGUGAUUUCAUAUCAAACAUCGGUGCCUCUUAUCAGCCUCAAACUCUCAACUUGACAAGUCACCUGCAAUUCAGUUUGCAAAACAAAUCGACAGUUUUAUUUUCAUGCCGGUGUCCGCGAUGACGUCAAAUGGAAAGACGAAGCCGACCCCCGAGGUCAGACUGGCCGUUCUGGGGCGGGCCGGAGUCGGGAAGUCGGCCCUGGUGGUGAGGUUUUUGACCCGGAGGUUCAUCUGGGAGUACGACCCAACUCUAGAAUGUACCUACAAGCAUGUGGCGACCUUAGACGACGAAAUGGUUACCAUGGAGAUAUUAGACACGGCAGGACAGAUUGAAACCUUGCAAAGAGAGGGCCACAUACGUUGGGCGGACGGGUUUAUUUUUGUUUACGCCAUUAAUGACAGACAAAGCUUCGAGGAGAUCGUGAAACUCAAGGAUCAUUUAGACGAUGUCAAGAAAACAAACGUCCAGUGUGUAUUAGUCGGAAACAAAGUGGACCUCAUGCGUGAACGUGAUGUGAGUACAGCAGAGGGAAUGAAACUCGCAACUGACAUGGCGUGUGCUUUUUUCGAGACUUCCGUCUGUGAGGGAAGUGAGGAGAUCUACGAACUAUUCUACGAAGUGGCGCGAGAAGUCAAAAGGCGCAAACUGAUAGAAACUAAAUCUCGCCGACGAAGCUCGGCCGCUCAAGUGAAGCAGGUGUUCACCAAAAUGUUCAACCCGAACAAACAGACAAACAGACAGAGCUCUAUGUGAUAUACCUUAUUUAUAUUAUGAAUUCCCUUCCAGUCUGCAAGAAAUAGAUAGAAUUUUAUUUGAACCACCGUAUCACUAGGUGUAAAAACCUACUAUGAAUCAUUUGGAUUGACUUUACAUAUGUACUUUUAUUUAGACAUCUAAUCCUAAGAUUACCACAAUCUGCCUAUCCUGUAUGAACUUUGAACAUUAUGAUAUUCCUGUUCCAGAUGUAAACCAGGUGUCACGUGAAUGGCGGCCCUAUUGACGCUCAGUGACGCGACACCGAUUUCACGCGUCAUUUAUAUUAAAUUCAUUACACUGUGAA